UACAGGAGAUGAUGGAGACUUCGGACAUAGUACAGGAGAUGACCAGAGACUGCGGACACAAUAAGGGGAUGACCAGAGACUGCAGGACACAGUACAGGGAUGACCAGAGACUGCGGAUGUAAUACAGGAGAUGACAGAGACUGCGGAUGUACACAUACAGGAGAUGACCAGAGACUGCAGACACAGUACAGGGAUGGACCAGAGACUGAAGAUCAUAGUACAGGAGAUGACCAGAGACCUUUCAGCAAUGCACAGAUAUACAGCAGUGACUAUGGGGGGGGG